CUCUCCCCCGCCCUCCAGCCUCUCUGCCCCGCCCCCGGGGAGAGGUCCAGACCCAAAGCAGCGGCGGCCGCGGAGCGGCUGGAGGGCGCGAGGAGGAGCGCGCGACCGAACCCGGCGCAGCAUGACUGCCAUCGCCGUGCAGGCCCAGAGGUUGCUGGCCCAGAGGAGGCCCCAGCGGCCCUUCUUGGAAUCCUUCAUCCGGGUCCUCAUCAUUGUCUGCGCUGCCCUGGCCUUGGUCCUCUCCUCUGUCUCCAUCUGCGAUGGCUACUGGCUCUUGGAUGGAGACCACCUCUUCGGGCUCUGGCACUUCUGCACUUCCUCCAACCAGAUGGGGACACACUGUCUCAGAGACCUGAGUCAGGCACAUGUGCCUGGGCUGGCCGUGGGCAUGGUCCUGGCCCGCAGUGUGGGCGCCUUGGCCGUGGUGGCUGCCAUUUUGGGCCUAGAGCUCCUCAUGGUGUCCCAGGUGUGUGAAGACCUCCACUCACGGCGCAAGUGGGCCAUGGGCUCUGUCGUCCUCCUCAUCUCCUUCAUCCUCUCCUCCGGAGGCCUCCUGAGUUUCGUGAUCCUCCUCUGGAACCAUGUCACGCUCACUGGCUUCACCCUGAUGUUCUGGUGCGAGUUCACGGCUUCCUUCCUCUUCUUUCUGAAUGCCAUGAGUGGCCUGCACUUAAGCAGCAUCACCCACCCCUGGGGCCAACCAACGAAAUUUUAGGCCCCCCUCCUAAAUCCGAGGACUUUGGUUUCUGCAAGAAAGUGUGGUCAAGAUGGGACUUUCCCAACAGGAGACCUCCGGUGGGGGUGGAGGGAGCGGCGGGAGGGUGGGGCAAUGACCUUGAAACUGCUGUCUCUCAGCCAAUAACCUUUCGGGUGGUUGGCCAGAAUCAGCUUAGCAGCCUUUGCAGCUGGCCUGCGGGGGCCAGAGGCCAGGAUUGUGCUUCCGUGCCCCCAACUGCCCAGGCAUAGCCAAGUUAGUAGGAUGUUGGUUUUAGAAAAAGUAACACUUUUAAAAAACCCUUUUCUUGAAUCCUUCUUCUCAGGAUGAGAAUAGAUUUGCAAGCAGCAUGGGAACCGGUACCUGGGCUGGCUGCAGAGCUAAGUGCGGCCGCUACUUGUUUUGUUGACUCUGUGCCAGGAUACGGGCUCUGGGGUCUCCUGGGGCUGCCCAGAGUGGAUCAUUCCUCCAGCAAAGUGUAUCUAGGCGGUGCCUCAGACUUUCUUCACCAGCUCAAAGGGCCUUAUGGGCACAUUUCCCUGCUGUAGCUUGGUCAUGGCAGGGAUGCAGAAUUCAAGAUUCCCUCGAUUUCUUGCAUAUGCUGGGUUUUCAAACCAUUUGAUGCGAUUUGAACCCUGCCCUUCUGGUUGGGGGGGUGCAUAAUCCUUGAACAACUGGAGCUUCCAGCAGCCAGCUAUCCCGUCUGGGAAUCCUUCCCGAACCCUUCCAGCAAGCUUCCCAGGACAGCCCUCUAGCCUUCCAAUACUUCCCAUAGCCUCCUCCAGAGGCAAGGGUGUGUGCGUGUCUGGCUUUGAUAAGGGCCAAGACGGCAUCAGGUGCCAUUUUUUAUUCCAGAGCACAUUUCCAAAGAGCACGUAUCUGGGCCUGUCGAACUCCGGAGGGGUGUGGGGGCGUCAAGGGGCCUUAGCAGGCCUUGAGUAAUGAUUAACAGCCAUCCUGGGAAUGAGUGAGGGUGAAGGGGACCAGUGGAGAUUUCCAUCCUCACCCUCAGAUGUGCAUUUCUGGGUAACCAGUUGCCCCCUUUCCUGUGUCUUUUUUUCUGCCCCCAGAGCUGGGGUUUCUGCCUUCAGCCAUUUCAUUCCACACUAGUGCCUUCCCUCUGCACCGGAUCUGCUCUGGUGGCUACUCCUACCAUCGAUUUUUGGUCUCUGCCCUGCCUUGAUCAUUGCAGGCUCCCCUUCCUCGGCUGGUGCUCCUGUCCGUCUCUUGUGGGUUUUUAAAAAACUUUGAUUCCUAAAUAUAUAUGGAGUCCAUGGAGGUCACUGUAGAAAGGUGUCACGGGCCAACCUGUUUUUCAGAGUGGAACUCAUCAACCAGACGGGCUGGGUUCUCUGCCCUGGGAAAUAAGCAUCUGACUUUUUUCCUUCCAGGAGUGUUCACCAAGCGCAAAGGGGUGAACUUCUUGUCUCUGUGGUGGGGAGGUGCAGAGAUGGGAAGCCAAGGCCCUAAGUGGAACGGCACUUGUCCAUGGUCACCCACCAGCAAGAUGCCUUCUCUAUGUUGAGGCUUCUGUCCAGAAUGCUUUCCCCGCCGAACACUGGGAGGCUUUGUUUUAUAAAAGGGUUCAAAUGUUCA